UUCAUCAAGCAGUUUUGGUUCCGGGACUUUUGUGGCUCCCAUUGCCUCACUUCUAUAGAGAACACCAUCACUUUAUGUGACCGAGUCUCCUUCGUAUUUGUUAAAAACAGCUAAACCGCACAGUCAAAGACGCAUAAAAGUGGCCACAGAAUAACAGGAACGAAGGUACGCUACCCUCGGCAGAAUUCGAGAACUGCACCCGGAAGGAUUUCGUGUACGUACUGCUUGUCAGUCUUCACUACGUGCCGAAAAUCAGUUUCCAGACCCAUGAUCCAGGGGUUGUCCUGGAAACUGGUUAAUUCUGAGGUCGGAGUAGUAGUGCUGAUGUAUCACGCCCCAGUGCGGAGCUCUGCAGGGAAUCCUCCCUGGUGGCUGCUACAAGUUGGGGGCAACCGCGAUAAAGGACAGGGGAAAGAAGAGAUGAGCUGGGCCAAGAAGGGUGGAAGAAGAGGAAGGCAAAGCCCCGAGAUGGGGAAGCGGAGAAUGUAAAGGUGCCAUUGACCGGGACAUUGUGGUGGAGAUCAGGAGUAAGAUGCUUGAGGACUUAGAUGUGGAAUAGGGCCAACAUAGGCGACAGUGCACUUGGACAAAGAGAAUAGUCUGCGACAAAUGGCUUUGGAACAAUGAGAAAUCUACAGCAAAUAAAUGAAACUCCACUAUUAUCUAUAUACAAAAACAGUGGUUCAUAAACCAAAACAGAGAACGAAACGUUACGGUUUUGUGACUGAGUUGAUUCCAAAUUUAGUUGUAGUUUUAUAUUUCCACCACCAAGGCAAGAGUUCCAGUUUGUUCACAUGCUUAGGGGGAAAAUGGCAUUAUCUACACACUAACAACUCGUGAGAAGAUGAACAACUGGACAAGGGUCACCAGGAACCACCUUUUCAGUGCGAUUCAGAUCUCUCCAGAUGGAGUGAGCUGGGCCCCAGGACGCCCCAGCCACCCUGACACACCACCCAACAUCUACGAGGGAGGGCUGGGGGCCCAGCAGCAGCAGGGCCCUGGUGCCCAGGCAAGCAAGCCCAAGAACUUCCGACUGCGUCACCUCCGGAGCUUGGCUCUCUACCUGCCAGGCCACAUGCAGCCUGCUGGGCAAUGUGGAAGCCACUGGCUAGGCCAGCUCAUGGCUGGGAGCAGCCUGUCACGGCCUGAAGGCUCGGCCUGGCCCCUGUCUCUGCCACAGGGGACCCUGGGUCCAGGUAACAGCCAUUGCUCAACCCUUCUGGAAGCUCAACUGCCCAGGGACAGCCUGGGAAAUACAGCUUCCAGUUCCAGCAUGGACCCAGCCAAGGGUGUCCCCUCCCAGUCUGGUCCCCCUGAGGGCUUGGGACUCAGGCCCAAGAGGUCCUGGAGAGCCUUGGAGGAGACCAUGUGUCCCUUGUGCAAGAGAACCCGCUCUGGGGCCUUGGAGAGGACAUAAGGAUCCAAAGUGCCAGGGCUGGGGACAUUAAGGGAAGGAUGGCCGAGGAGGAGGCGGAGGCCAGGUUUCCUGAGGAAGGGUGCAGUCCCAGCAGCUGCCCUCCCACUGAGAUGGCCCCCACAGCUGCCCAGCAUCAGACCUGGGCUAGUCUGGGCAAAGUAUGAGGGAGGGAGGAGGAAGUCCCUUGAGAGGGAUGGAAGAAAUGGAAGCAUGCCCAUGCCCUUGCAGCCUGCCCAAACUCCAGUCAGCCACGUGUAGCUGAGAGGCCAGGCUGAGCAGAGAAUCUGGUUCCUGAGAGCCAGGGAGUCCUCAGGUCUUCCCUCAGUAAAAAGCCAAGGCCUGUAUCUUCUUGUCUGUCAUCAAGUCAAUCCAGUCAAACCCGCCCUGCAUCCUUCAAGGGAGCUUUCCUGGGGUAAUGGAGUCUGGGGAGGCUCUGUAAGUGAGGGGCUGCUGAACAUGGUAGCUCUAGAAAGCAGGCAAAGUCUCAUUGGGCCUGAACACAGGGCAUGGCAUGGCAUUCCAGGGACAAAAGGAUGAAAUGUGGGUUUGGUUUAAAGAGGGAACCAGGAGGGGACCAACCAAGACAGGCAUGUUGGCCUGGACCCCACACUGAUCCCACCAGGGGUUUAGAUGGAUUUAUGGCCCCAUAGAAACUUGUCAGGAUGGCCAUGGGACAGGCCUUCUGGAUGGACUAGACUUCAGGUACAUGGGUGCUGAUGGCCUUGGGUAGUAACAUUUGGGACUGGAUCAAAUUUUUGUUGCAGGCCCAUUCUGUACCCUGGAGGAUGUUUUGUAGCCUCCCAAUAAUGCCAGCACUAUCCUCCACAUAAACUGUUUCCAGACAGCAUUCAACAUCCACCAGAGACAUACUCAUUCUGGAUGGGAACAGAGCCAAGGCCUCCACUGACCUGCAUUACCUUUGGAGCCUUCUCUAAGCUAUGAUGGAGAUGGGGGACAGACAGGUUGGAGAAGGGAAUUAAUUAUACAGUUUUCUACUUGAACCAGGUCCUAGCUCAAAGCUAAGAGCCACACUGCUGGUAUGAAUUGACAGACAGCUGCUAAGGAUCGUUAAGAAACAGCCCAGUCGUUGCUUUCAGCAUAGACGCCUUCAUCAAGUUUACACUCCUCUGCAGGACAGCUGCCUGCAUGA